ACAAUCUGGGAAAGGGGAAUCACAACAAUGUGAUUGGAGGAAAUGAUAUCGCGGGGGUGUGGGCGGUUCUUACAGUGUGUGGAGGAGAUUGUACAAUCUAAUUGGAUUAGCAUUUCCAAAUCCUGGAAACCUGUGGCCCCGCCCACAAUUCAGGUCUAAAGGGCGGAGCUGUUUAACCCUUUGACCAAUCACCUUGUAGCUGAUAAUGUUCAGCUCUGUAUUGUGGGUCAGACUAGGAAUCUGAUUGGCUGUCAGCUAUGGUUACAGUACACAGUGGCACACAUUCCACUCUCCCAUUGGACUGUGGAGAAAUAGGAAAUGGUGUACUGUUACCCCUAGCAACCAUUACUGGGGAAAGUAAACAAGGUCUCUGAUUGGUCUUCCUGGGUUCAGGUGUGAAUGGCCCUUGGAGAGUUCCCUGACCCCUGACCCCGGUGCAGCUGGCUGAUGUCAUCUGAUGCUGCAUGUGUAUGUCCCUUUAAUCUGCAGCAGGAUGCUGAUUGGCUGUUGGAGUAUGAUGUCAUCUACAAGACUGAGGAGGGGAAGCAGAACUCAGGGUGGAGCUGCCAGUUGAUGCUGGAAAUACCUUCAAGAGGUCUCUGCUCACAACCUCAGCUCUGCUCCUACCUGGACGUCUUGGAGCAAUGAAGGGACUUGGACACUGACACUGAUAUCGAUUUAAACCCCACCCUGACUACAGUGGCACCUUCCCGGGACUUUCCCCCUCGUGUCACGGUUCAGGCGGGAGAUGAGCUGUGAUAGAGACUUCUCCUGUCAUUACCGAGUUAUUGAGCCGACAUCCAAACCGCCGUCCAAGAGGGAUUACCUAGUGGAUGCAGCCAAGCAGCUUCACGUGGCGCAGGAGCGGGAUGCUAAUGAAGAGUACGAGGCGGCAUUCAACCACUACAAGCAUGGCGUGGAGCUCCUUCUCAGUGGGGUGACAGUGGACCCGAGUCGGGAGCGACGCGAUGCAGUCAAACGGAAAAUCUCACAGUACUUAAAGCGUGCUGAAGAAAUCUUUAACUGUCACUUGCAGAGGCCUCUGGGAAGUGUGGGUGGAGCAGCAGAGGGUUACAGCAGUUUGAGAUUUCGACCAAUCAGAGUCCUGAGUGCAGCUGUGGAAAAUUUGAAGCGUUGCCAAGUGUUGCAGAUUAUUGACAAGGUGCAGUUGGUUCGGGAUCCAUCCACAGGAGCAACAUUUAUCCUAAAGUCUCUGAUGAAGUCCGGCCGGAGCGGUACUGGAACAGUAACAAUUAUUCCGCAGGGUGUUCCCUUCAUGGUUCCGCUGCAGCGAUUCUACGUCAGUGAUGACUCCGUGUACCUCCAGCUGCAGCAUGUUAAAGGUGGCCGGCUCUGGGACCAUCUCAGGAAUUUACGAGCACAAGAAACAAACAGCAGACAAGUCCCGCAGGUAUCGGUCUGUAGGGCUGAUCAGGGCAUCAGCCAACCACAUCACGAGCUAAGUGUGUCUCUGGACAAUGCUUCUCCAGCAGCGGGCGUCCUGGAUUCGCAGGUCCGAUUGUGGGCGGCACAGCUGGUGUUGGCGCUGGAUGCUCUUCACCAGGACGGGGUGCUGUGCCAGGAUUUGAAUCCUCGCAACCUGCUUAUGGGGGAGAAAGGUGAGGUAUGCUUGACAUACUUUGGCCAGUGGCGAGAGGUUGACCAUGUCUGUUGUCCGGAGGCAGUGGAGAACCUGUAUGUGGCACCAGAGGUCCAAGGGGUGGGGCCAGUGAGCGAAGCCUGCGAUUGGUGGAGCCUAGGAGUUCUACUCUAUGAGAUGCUGUGCGGCCAGUCUCUUUGCAGGAACCAGAAUUCGGGACUCAGUGCUCACAUGAAAAUCCCCUACCCAGAAUUCCUCGGUGCAGAUGCCAUUUCUCUGUUAAGGGAGCUUCUGCAUUACGAACCAGAGAAGCGGCUCGGCUCCGGCCCAGGUGGUGCACAGAAGAUAAAAUCCCACCCUUACUUCAGCGUCAUUCAGUGGAACAAGCUGGUGUGAGCGGCCACAGGAAGCAGCCAAUAUCGGGAUGCAUGCCACUGUGAUGUCAUUUCCUAAGGCACAGGGCCACAAAAGUUCCCCAUCACUGUGAUGUCGCCUGUUCACAUGAACAAUAAAUGAUCGCACUCUG